AUGGAUGUCUCGGUCCGAGCCUUCUUGAGACUCCUCCUCCCUCGCCUGCCACUCAUUGUCAAGACAGCCAUUCUCAAUGCUUUGUCGCUUUCGCAAAACUCAUCCAAGCAAAAUCUGAGGACCGAAGUCGUUGUCACACUCCUUCGAGACAUCACCAGUGAGAGACGAUCUAUAGGUUUCAUGCAGAAGAUAACAACCAAGGAUCCGGGCAUCAAAGGUUCGACUCUGGUAGCCAAGGUUACCAUUCCGCCACCACAAGAUCAGAAUGGACCCAAAGAUGCUGUAUGCAGUGCUAUCAAAUAUCUGGGAGACGGCGCCGAGAGCUACAUUGAGCCCGAAAUCACAAGUAUCGACGCCGAAUGGACUGGCUACAGACCAGGCGUGCUCCCUAGUGAAACUCGACCGGAAAUGCCUGAGAAUGAGCACUACAAGCUCCUCAUGGAGAAUGUCUCCUCUGCAACGACAGUCCUAUACUUCCACGGCGGUGCAUAUUAUCUGAUGGAUCCGGCCACCGUCCGCGAUACCACAGCCCGCCUGGCAAGGAUGACUGGAGGCAGGUGUUAUUCCGUCAGGUACCGCCUGGCACCUCAGAACCCAUUUCCCGCACAGCUUCUGGACGCUCUGGUGGCUUAUUUGUCGCUCCUGUCUCCUCCCCCUGGGGCAUACCAUGAACCCGUGUCUGCAAAGAGCAUUGUCUUUGCGGGAGAGUCGGCAGGUGGAAAUCUCUCCCUUGCAUUGCUCCAACUUCUCCUGACACUCCAGAGAAUGGGUACUCACACCAUCAGAUUCCACGGUGCUGAUGUUCCUGUUCAGCUGCCAGCUGGUGUCGCAGUCAACUCUCCCUGGGUGGACAUUACGCGUUCACUACCGUCCAAUAUCAACAAUGCCCACUACGAUUACCUGGAGCCUCUCGGCCACACCGGCCUUUCCAAUACGGAGCCACUCCCAGACGCCUUUUGGCCGACCUCCCCUCCGCGUGCUGACAUAUUCUGCAACGCUUCGAUCAUGCUACAUCCACUGGUCUCUCCAAUGCAAGUUCGUCCUGAACAAUGGAAGGGAAUGCCUCCGGUGUGGAUGUGUAUGGGCAAUGAGGCUUUAGAGGAUGAAACCACUAUUCUUGCCCGUAGGAUGCACCAGGGUGGAGGGGUCGUAAACCUGAUUGGCUACGAAGGAAUGCCGCACUGCUUUGCCAUGCUCUUUGCCGCCUCACCCAUGGGGAAGGAUUGUUUCCAAAGAUGGAGCAGAUUCUGCAUCGACGCGGUCAAGGACUCGCAGCCGGACACGAGCAACGCCAUCCGCGUUAAGGCAUUUUCCAACCCACUACAGUUCGAGGAAGUAGCCUUUGAGAGUUUGUGUGCUCUUACUGACGAAGAAGUCGCUGAUAUCACGAGCAGCAUGCAGAAGCAUUUCCUGGGGCGGGAAGAAGAGCUGGUGAGGAGAUGGAGCCAGCAGGACUCCAAGGCCAAAUUAUGA